CUGCGCAUUAGGGGACAAAUAGGUCCUUGAGGUAUUGCCUUGCGGGGUUUCUUUUACGGACCAGUUGUUAAGUCGGCGUAUAAACCAUUGCAGACAGUUGAAUAGUUGUUGAUUUCCUUCCAAGAUGAGGAUUUGGGUUGUGUUGCUCACAUUAUUUGUUUCAGUGACUUUUCUGCCCUUUGAGUCAACAUUGGAGCAGAAAUUUGGCAAACGGUCUCUGGGACUCCCGCAUAGUUUCUGGCGUUUUCCGAUGUUCACUUCGUCAGAUGAGAAUAGGAACGCCAUUCUAUAUGACCCCGUCGUCAGUUCUUGGCCCUUUGGAGCACCAGAUGUCAACAUGCUUGCUGAACUGGGACUUCUUAUGAAUUUACCCCACAUUCAGGUGAUGUGUGAUACAACUCACAUGUCAGUGCAUGUUGAUAUGCAAUUAAAUGGAGUUGAACUGAGCAGAGAGGAGUUGGUGCUUGGUGAGGGCUGCCUUAGCAAUGGACAUUUUGAAAACCAGCUUGUCUUUACAUACCAUCACUCUCAAUGUGGGACUAAUUAUUUGGAACGCAAUGGAAGGAAGGUGUUUUCCAAUCAACUUCACUUCAACCCCAAAGCUAGUAUUGCCACCUGGUGGCUGCCUCCGUUCAGCAUGCCCAUCUCCUGCACACCGAAGAGGUCAAAGCUCAGAUCUGCUACACAUAUUCCAACAUACCCUUCCCUUCCGGAGAAGAAUUGGGGCUUUUCUUUGAAAGCUAUGCAUCCAUCCUGGAUCCAUCCAGAAGAAUCAAACCUUUACUAUAGAGGCCAGAUUGUGCAACUGCAGGCAGCAGCCACAAUAGACCCUCAUCAAAGCCUCUUCAUCCAGUCCUGCUUCGUCUCUGUGUUCGCCGACCCAGUUGCUCGUCCAAGACUUGGGGUCAUAGUAAACAAGGGGUGCACAGCAUCUGUGGGGUCAGAGCAUGCUGUGGUGGCUCAGUUUGUGGCGUUCAGGCGACAUGAUGCUGUCAAUUUAAUUCUCGAAACCUCAAACCUACAAACGGAGCAGGUGUACCUACACUGUAGUGUAAUCAUCUCUGACAAGGGUGUGACCGCUGAUUCAAAAUGCUGCAACUACAAUUACUUAAAAUCCAGAUGGGUGGAGCUGAGUGGGGAUUUUGAUGUCUGCAGUUGUUGUGGCUCUAAGUGCAAAGGCUCUUCUAGUAGGAACAGUCAUAUUGCUGCCAAGGCAGUGGUCAGCUCUGGUCUGCUGAUUAUUGUGGACAGACCCAACCUUGAGCCUCGGUCUGUUCAUGAGCCUGACCACUCCUGCAGUCCUAUGGAAACCAAAUUUGUGCAGUCUGAUUCCAGUGACCCAGGUGCAUCUGUUCACAUGACCUCUUCUGCCAUACAUGGAGCCCCAGCACCUACAGCUGUGGCAGUAUCAGGUGACUCCUUCUCGGGUAGUGCCCUGGUGGAAAACACAAACCCAGAGGCACCCUGGUCUGCUCCAUCUAUAAUGAAUGACGUUGUGGUCAUCAGCCAGGACCUUGGGGAUACACUGACUAUGUGGGUACCUGGACAGUUGCAGGUCAAAGCUGACCUUGGUCAAACGGCAUAUCCAGUGCCAUCCAUGCAGAGUGAAGCACCAGCUGAAUCAGUCCAGAGUUCCUCCAUAAACUAUGAAAAAGAGGACCAGCUUUACCCACAAAAAAACACAGUAAAAAAGGAACAGAAGCACUCAAAUGUCAUCCCAUCCAUGGAAAAUGUCAUCCCAUCCAUGGAAAAUGUCAAUGACUUUGUACUGAGGGGUGCAGAGGGGGACAGUUUCAUGAAGGGAAUGGAUCUUGUCAGUUAUGGAUGGACACAGCCACUGGAUCUGACAGCAUCUUUCACAGAGCCGCAAAGAAAGCGAUCAAGUGGCAGAUCUAAGGUGCCUCGUAAGAAUGUGCACUCCUCCUACAGAAUGACGGGACAGGGCUUUCAACCACAGGCAAAGGACCACAUUCUGAAUAAGCUGACCCUGCUUGAGAACAGCCACAAUAUUGGAGACGAUGGUCUAGUUCUGGUGAAAAUUGAGAAAGUGGAGCCUGAGGUAUACGGAAGAGCAGCCGAUGACUCCCAUUCAGUGGUGAGGUCAAAUCUGCAGGUGUCUCGAGUCACGGAUGGCUCCCAGACAUUGAGCUAUAGGGAAGAAGUAAGGCACCCUGGACUGAGAGGGCUGACAACAUUUAAAAUGGAGGGCAAGGAUCAACAAAAGGGGCUGCAAGGAAAGGGUCUGGCUUUGUCCUUGUUGGAUAUACUGAGGAAAUUGGACAAGGCUGAAUAGUAAAUUGGACAAACCAGAUAUCUUCAUAAAAAUAAAUUGUUCACAACAAA